AUGAUUGACUUAAAGAAUAAGAACGCUCUCGUGACAGGUGGAUCUGCAGGUCUUGGUGCUUCAAUUUCGAAACAAUUAGCUGCAGAAGGUGUUAACUUGGCAAUAAACUAUUCUUCUUCAAAAGAAAGAGCGGAGGCUUUGGCUGCAGAUCUCCGCGAUCAAUAUAAGGUUAAAGUUGUGGUCAUUCAGGCAGAUGUUUUUGGAGGAGCUGCCAUCGUAGAUAAGCUUGUGGAGGAUGCUCACAGUCAAUUGGGUGGAUUGGACAUAGUUAUUUCCAACGCAGGGUGGACGAAGUACAUUACCUAUGAUAGAUUGGAUGAAUUGGACGACGAAGUUUGGGACAAGUGCUUCCAGGCCAACAUUAAGACGCACUUUUACCUUUUCCGUGCAGCUAAGAAGAUAUUCGACGCCAACCCGGAGAGUGGAACGUUCAUAGUCACGUCCUCUUUAGCUGGAAGAAUUGUUUAUGGAUCCAGUAUGCCGUAUGCUGUCAGUAAAGCAGGGUUGAUCCACUUGGUGCGUUUCUUGGCCCAGGCUCUGAGCGUGCGUGUUCACGCAGUGUGUCCAGGCAUUCUCUUGACCGAAUGGGGUAAGCUGUUCCCUCCUGAGAGAAACGAACGUGCCAUUGAGAGAUCGCCAAUCAAGAAGUUGGCAGAUGUUGAUGAGACUGCAGCAGAGUUUGUGUUUCUCUGCAAGCUUUCAACUUCGACUGGUACGACGGUAGGAAUAGAUGGAGGAUUGCUAGCUUGA